GAGGAUUUGGCUUCCAGUAUUCGGAAGGAGACAGACAGGGACCUGAACCCCAGCAGUCGGGGAGGGGAGUUGAUCCGGAGGUUCCCGUGGAGGGCUGCAGGUGAUGCAGGGCUGACCUCGGGGAGCCGGUGGGAUGCGUCGGGAGCAGGACAGGGAAUAACCUCCCGCACUCACUUGUUGCGGUCAGCCCCAAAGCAGAAGAUGGAAGGAAAGGGCAGAGGCCUCGAAUACUACCUCUCCCAGUUCCUUUGCCUCGCCAGCUUUGUGCUACUGAUGAUUUUUCUGGGCAUCCUCGCGGUGAAGAUGAUUGGGUCAGGCUGGCUUGACAGGAGAGAGGAGAACUUUAAUCUCUUGCCUGUGGAUUGUGACAAAAGAUCGGAUGAUUUCUGUCAAGCUAAACAGAAGGAAAUCAUAGCGAACAUCCUGCACGAGUUGUAUAACUACCUGUCCAUACAGGCUGGUAAUUUUGAAUGUGGAAACCCUGAGAAUCUAAAAAGCAAAUGCAUUUGGGUUAGUGAAGUGAAGGAUCACGUGGUGAAUAUAACUGGUAGUUCCCCACAGAAGUUCGAAGCUGCCCUGCACUGGAUACUAAACAGUAACAAGGAUUUAGGAAUAUGGUUAAAAGGCAGAGACCUUUCGGAACCAGUUACCAAAGUGGAGGAAGUGUUCUGUCUCGAAUCGGCCCAUCCUCAGAUGGGGCUUGGCUGCCGUUUCCUUCGGGCCCUGGUCACUGCCGUUGUGAACCUUUUCCUGUUUUUCUGGAGUCUGGUAACUCUUUGGGGGAUCCUGAUCUUCCUUAGAUAUCGCUGGCGGAAGAUGGAGGAAGAAGAACAAGCCAUGUAUGAAAUGGUGAAGAAGAUCAUAGCUGUUGUCCAGGACCACUAUAAGGAGUGGGAACGGAAUUUGGAGCGUUACCCCUACGUUGGCAUUUUCCAUGUUCGGGACAGUCUCAUCCCUCCUCAGAGCAGAAAAAAAAUGAAACGAGUUUGGGAGAGAGCUGUGGACUUUCUGGCUUCAAAUGAGUCACGGAUUCAGACAGAGUCACACAGAGUAGCAGGAGAGGAUAUGCUAGUGUGGAGAUGGACUCAGCCUUCUUAUGUCUCGGAUUCGGAGCACUGAAGAGGAGCAGAAGUUGAGCAACUGUUGAUGUGGACCUGUGCAAGGGGACAGUCCCUUCUCUGGUGGUGGGAAAGAGCAGGUCACAGUCCUAAUCUCCUAGGGUUGGGGAUUGCACGUAUCUGUUUGCUCUUCUUUCUGAAAAUCUUCACUCUCAAAAAUUCAGGGCAAUAAUGUUGGCUUGGAAAGAAGAUGGGUUUGAGCUGAUGGGAAGCUAGAAUUGCACCAAAGUUAACCUUCCAGCAGAUAUCUGGCUUCCAUAGGCAAGAAAACCUGGAACAACUUUUUUAAAAGGAAAAAAAAAAAUGCAUACCUAAUAUGGAGGGACUUAGGAUCUCUCUGACAAAGGUUAGGUAUUUCAAAUUUGACCUCAGUUCUGCAAAAGCCAACUGGUGGCAACGUCCAUCAGGGAAUGUGUUUAAAGAAAAAUUACCAUUUCCCAUGGAAACAUUAGGG